AUGCUUAAAUCAUGUUUGUAUUUAAAAGGAUCAUUUGGAAAAAACUAUACACUACGAAGACUAGGGACUAGUGUCUUCAGGCUAAAAGAGUGGACUUUUGAUGAACAAUCUAUUUUAUUCCGUCGAGCAUUAAUUCUAAAUCAAAAUUGGGAAAAGAUUGCAGAAGGUAUUAUAGGACAUGAUGCAGAAAGCUGUAAGAAAGAAUGGGAAAGAAUAAAUUCAAGUGAUCAACCAUCCAACCCUUAUAAAACGCCUCGAACAACUAUGAAAUUUUGGACGCCAACAGAAGUAUCUAAACUUCAUGAGUUUAUAAAUGCACAUGUACUUAAUGGGGAAUAUGAUACACUUUCUAAUCACCGUAAUCCCAUAUGGAAAGAUAUAUCUUCUUAUAUUGGUCGAAGUGCUUAUCAAUGCUAUUUGAGAUGGAAACGCACAUCGAAUCCUUCUAUUAUAAGAGGCCCAAUGACAGAUUCAGAAAAAAUAAUUAUUGAAGAAGCACAUAAGAAAUAUGGAAAUCAAUGGGAACGAAUAUCUGCAUUAGUUCCAGGACGAACAUCACUUCAAAUUGAGGUCUAUUUUCGAGAAAACAAACGAAACUUUGUUAGAAAUAAUCUUCGAUAUUCACCUAAUAUUAUUGAUGCACUCGAUCGUUUGAUAUUAACGGGUUCUUAUCGCACGUCUGAUGGAAGAAUAUCAUGGACAAAGCUUUCAAAAGAGCAUUUCCCUAAUAUUAAACCAGUACUUCUUAGAAAAGCAUGGGCACGUUAUAAUAAAAUGGGUUUUAAAAGUGAUAAAUGGACACCUGAGGAAGUAGAUAAACUUAUAAAAGCAGUAAAUAUUGUCCGAGAAUCUAAUGUUUCAUAUCAAAUUUGGAAAAUAGUAGCAAAUCUUAUACCAGGACGUACAGCAGAGUCUUGCAAAAUUAAAUAUCGUUCUGUAAGUUUUCGAAAAUCAGAUAUAACUCCAGCUCGUCGGUGGACUACUAUUGAAAACUUAAAAUUAAUUAAUACAGCACUUAUGCGGGAAUUUCGUUGGGUCAAAGUGGCUAUGGAUUUACAUUAUCCCUACAAUUUUUGUCGAGAUAAAUUUCUUAAUUUAUUAACAGAAAGAAAUACUAUAUCUGGUCAUUUAGCAAGAGAUGCAUGGUCGAGUAGAAAAAAUAAACAUUUGGAGAGCUUUCUAACCCUAGACUUAACCAAAGAUUGA